AGAAUUCAUAAACCAUCACCACAUACCCAACCAUUGCCAUUCGCCACCUGCCUCCCCCAGCACCCUCUCCGACAUCCUCGACAAUCUCAUCCAAGAGAGAUAUCAGGAAAGGACGACCAGCCUUCGACGACCACUUAACGAAAAGAGAAGAGAGCCGAUUCACACCCGCUCUUUCUGGUCACGACAAAAAACCCGAUCAUGAAGACCUCAUCAUCAUCAUCCGUCCUGAGACGGGCCAUGACCUCGAUCGCCCUCGUAGCGUUCGUCGUCCUCGCCGUCUUUACGUUCAUGCCCGUCGGCGCCAACGCCGAGGUCGAAAAGGAUAACGAUUUCGGGACCGUCAUCGGUAUCGAUCUGGGUACCACCUAUUCUUGUGUCGCCGUUCAACGUGGAGGUAAAGUCGAGAUCAUCGCCAACGAUCAGGGAAACCGUAUCACCCCGUCAUGGGUCGGUUUCACGCACGACGAACGAUUGAUCGGAGACGCCGCCAAGAACCAAGGUCCUUCUAACCCGGAGAACACCGUAUUCGACGCCAAGCGUUUGAUCGGAAGGAACUUUAUCGACUCGGACGUGCAAAAGGACAUCAAGCACUGGCCCUUCAAGAUUGUCAGCCGUGAAGGCAAGCCCAUCAUCAAGGUCAAGCACAGGGACGAGUUCAAGGAAUUCACCCCGGAGGAGAUCUCGGCCAUGGUCUUGACCAAGAUGAAGGAGACUGCCGAGGCUUACCUCGGUACCAAGGUUACCCACGCCGUCGUCACUGUUCCCGCAUACUUCAACGACGCUCAGAGGCAGGCUACCAAGGACGCCGGUACGAUCGCUGGGUUGACCGUCUUGAGGAUCGUCAACGAGCCCACUGCCGCCGCUAUCGCCUACGGUCUCGACCGAACCGGCAAGGCCGAAUCCCAGAUCAUCGUCUACGACCUCGGUGGUGGUACUUUCGACGUCUCCCUCCUCUCGAUCGAAGAGGGCGUCUUCGAGGUUCUCGCCACCGCCGGUGACACCCACUUGGGAGGAGAAGAUUUCGACAACCGAGUCAUCGACUACUUUGUCAAGGAAUACAAGCGCAAGUCGGGCGGUACCGAUGUCUCUAGCAACAAGCGUGCCAUGGGUAAACUCAAGCGAGAGGUCGAAAAGGCCAAGAGGACGCUUUCGAACCAGCAGAGCGUCAAGGUCGAGAUCGAGGCUUUCGAGAACGGAAACGACUUUAGCGAGACCCUCACCAGGGCCAAGUUCGAGGAACUUAACAUGGACCUGUUCAGGAAGACCAUGAAGCCUGUCGAGCAGGUUUUGAAGGACGCCGGUGUCAAGAAGGACCAGAUCGAUGACAUCGUCUUGGUCGGAGGAUCCACCCGUAUCCCCAAGGUUCAACAACUCCUCAAGGACUUUUUCAACGGAAAGGAGCCUUCCAAGGGUAUCAACCCUGACGAGGCCGUCGCUUACGGUGCCGCCGUUCAGGGUGGUAUCUUGAGCGGAGAGGAGGCCAGCUCGGACAUCUUGUUGAUCGACGUCUGCCCCUUGACCAUGGGUAUCGAGACUACCGGAGGUGUCAUGACCAAGUUGAUCCCCCGAAACACUGUUGUGCCUACCAAGAAGUCUCAGAUCUUCUCGACCGCCGUCGACAACCAGCCUACCGUCUCGAUCCAGGUGUUCGAGGGCGAACGAUCGAUGACCAAGGACAACAACCAGCUCGGCAAGUUUGACUUGACCAACAUUCCUCCUGCUCCCAGGGGUCAGCCCCAGAUCGAGGUCACUUUCGAGAUUGACGCCAACGGUAUCCUGACCGUCUCGGCCAUCGACAAGGGAACCGGCAAGAGCGAGUCGAUCGUCAUUACCAACGAAAAGGGCCGAUUGAGCACCGACGAGAUCGAGCGCAUGGUUCGAGAGGCCGAAGAGUUUGCCGACGAGGACGCCGCGAUCCGAAGGAAGAUCGAAGCCCUCAACAGCUUGCAGAACACCAUCUUCUCGAUGGAGAGCACCGUCAAGGACUCUGAGGGUGCCGGCGGCAAGUUGUCCGCCGACGACAAGCAGACCAUCUUGGACGCCAUCGCCGAGAAGAAGGAGUGGAUGGAGAGCAACGGUCAGGAGGCUUCCGCCGAGGACUUUGAGGAUCAGCUCGCCGAGUUCCAGGCCAUCGCCCAGCCCAUCAUCGCUGGUCUCUACGGUUCCGCUGGCGGUGCCGGUGGUCAAGAGUCUUACGGCAGCCAUGACGAGCUAUAAACUGCGAGCUUGUUAUCAAAGUUACUAUAGUUGGCUCUUGUCAGGAGUUGUCGUCGUAGAUAGAAUCUAAACGCAUGCAUGAAACAGAGAUGGUUGGAUAAGGAAUCCCUCAACAGCGCUCAUUCGAGGUUGUUAGUGACGUCAUGUCCGUCCCCAACAAACGAAUCAUCGGACGAGACCGAACAUAUGAUGUCGCUGGUGAUGGCCAUGAAUAGUUAUUGAUAUACUACUAAUCGCUGACAGUCUCAGUCUCAGUCA